AGAGAGAGAGAGAGAGAGAGAGAGAGUGCGCGAGAGGGAAGUUAUUUAUAACCUCAGCGUCUCGCUGUGGUUCUUGAGUGCGCAAAGAGGAAUGUGAGCGACUGGACUGAUCUCCAGCGCGGCGCUGCUGGUGCGCCAUGGUGCUUCCAUGCAGCUAAAAUAGGACAGCUCUACCGGGGCCGUGCGCAGCGACCGCGGGCUCUGCGAGGAUGAACACGCUGCCUCACAGUUCCUGAAGAACACAGGAGCGCAUUUCAGAGACGCGGCGUUUGGAUUCAUCCUGCCAUGACAAAGCCCUCUCCACGCCAGCAGGGAAGUAACGCGACUCCGUCAGAGAAAUGAAGAGGAGUGAAGGAGAAGGAAAGAAAGCUGUGCUGCCAUUAUGGAGCGCGCUUCGUCCACUUCGAACGCGCGGCGAUCAGCACCGCGGACAGUGACACGCUCUCCUGUCACACCGCUGACACUGUAGAAGAGCAGCUCAGCGGAGUCACACAGGCCGGUUCGCCUCGUCCGUUUUUCAUCACUUUGUCAGCUGCAAUUAUCUUUUCAUUCCUCGAAUGCGCUCAGAAAACAAGCCUUUAGAGGCGUUUCAUGCUCAGACAUCUGCUUCCUAUCCCCACCACUGUGAUCGGUACUGACUCGGACUGAGGCUGAAUUGUGGCCAGUCUGGGGUGAUGGCUGAUAUCCUGGAGCUGCGGACGGAUGGGAACUCCUUGCUCAAGGCAGUUUGGCUCCGGCGUCUACGACUCACAAGGCUCCUGCUAGAAGGGGGAGCUUACAUAAAUGAGAGUAAUGACCGUGGGGAAACACCCCUCAUGGUGGCCUGUAUGUCCAAACACUCUGACCCACAGAGUGUCAGCAAAGCCAAGCUGGUCAAGUACCUUCUGGACAACAAGGCUGACCCCAACAUUCAGGACAAGGCAGGCAGGACAGCGCUCAUGCAUGCCUGUAGUCAAAGGGCCGGACAUGAGGUGGUGUCUCUUCUCCUGACCAAUGGGGCAGAUCCCAGCCUGGAGGACCGCAGUGGAUCAUCUGCCUUGGUCUACGCUGUCAAUGCAGAUGACAAAGAAACCCUCAAAGUGCUUCUGGAUGCCUGUAAAGCUAAGGGCAAGGAAGUCAUUAUUAUCACCACAGACAAGUCACCCUCGGGCACCAAAACCACCAAACAGUACCUGAAUGUUCCCCCCUCCCCAGAACUGGACGAAAGAUGCUCUCCUGUCCCAUGUGCCUCACCUUCAGACAUCAACCUUCACACCUCUCUGACCCCCAGCAAAGAAGAGGAAACAGAGGAAAAAGACACUGUCUUUAAUUUUCAAAGCAAGUGGAAGUCAUCCUCCAGCACAGCCUCCAAGCUUCCCAAUGGGCCUACUUCUCCUACACGGAAACCUGUGAACCCCAAGCGAGCUCGCCUCCCACAGUUGAAGCGCCUGCAGUCCGAGCCCUGGGGGCUGAUUGCACCGUCUGUGCUGGCUGCCACCCAAGAGGAGAGUAAGAGAGCCAACAGUGAUGAGGAUGUCGUCACUGGUGUCAAUGGACUGACUCUGUCCAAGAGAGCCCCUCUGUCUCGGCACAACAGUGUGGAUGGAAAAGAGAUCAUGUUCCCCUUAGUGGGUGAUCAGUCCACCAAAAUCUCCCCUACUUCAUCCCUCCCUCCAUCUUCCAAGGUCUCUUACGAUAGAUCUCUAGGACAACAUCAGCAACUGGCACGCCGUAGCACAGUCCCAACUGAGCAAGAGGGUUCUGUGGGAACCACUGGGCCAAUUGGCCUCAGAGACACAGUGCACCGGAGGAGACUAGGAAAUGACCAGUAUGACUCAGACUCCCAGCUGUACUCAGAGUCUGGAAUGCUGGACUCCCCCAAGAUCCCCCUGGAGAGGAGAAAGCUCAACACUUCACCACUGGCUAUGCUUACAGGUUCACGUGAGUCCCUGGAUAGCAACACCAGCACUUCCUCUCCAAGCACGGCAAGACGGCGAGCACCGGGGCUACUGGAGCGGCGUGGGUCAGGGACUCUGCUGCUGGACUACAUCUCCCACACUCGCCCUGGCCACCUGCCCCCCCUUAAUGUCAACCCUAACCCCCCUAUCCCUGACAUAGGUGCCAGCAGCAAGCCCUCAUCCCCACUCGCAGCAGGAUUUCGUUCCAUAGCUCCUGUAGCACCAAACUCACCAAAGAGAGGCAAUCUCAGGAUGAAGAAGAAACUGGUUAGAAGGCACUCUAUGCAAGUGGAGCAGAUGAAGCAGCUUUCAGACUUCGAGGAGCUCAGCCAUCAGUGAUGGGAAUCAGCACAUGCAGAUGUAGCAACUCCCACAUUAAGAAAAGCAAGUCAGUGAUCAGACAUGUGGAAAUAGUACCCAUAAUUGUGUUCAGAAGUAGUUACAAUUGAUUGUAGCCAUUACAUUCAAGCAUAGAGACCCUCCAUGCACAAAGGAGAGUCAGAUGUGCCAGUCAUAACUUACCACUGAAUUAGAAAAAGAACAGGAAGAAAUGUCAUAAUCUCAUUCAACAAUGUAACAAGUUCAAUAUACACAAGUUUAAUUCUCACAUUAAAAUAUUUCAGAAAAUGUCCUCAUAAGCAGAGACAUUCCAUGUAUGCAGUUUUCCACAUUCAUGCUGUGGCUGUGGGAGCAAAAACAUGUCUCUCCAUUUUUGUCAUUUUCCAAUUUUUCACAGAAUUUAGAAAUGCCUGCUGUCCUUUACAGUGCAUUCAGAUCACUUCAUAAUGCAUUCAAAUCACCUUACAAUGCAUUCAAAUGUGUUCAACCACAAAUACCAAUUCUUCAACAACAAAGACGUUUUCAAUUUGCAGUUUGCCAAAAACACUGAAUUGGUCUUUUAGAGAGCAGGUGAGAUUAUACACAUGCUCACAGUGAUUGAGUCCGACAGCUCGACUACUGCUGCUUCUGGGAGACGACUCUUCGCCUGUAAACAAAAGCAGAGACAGAAUCUUCUGUCAAGACUUCAAAGUCUAGACGACUCUGUGUGAGACUUAUUAAAGGCAGCAGAGGAGGGCAAUUGUGAAAGUAGACUGUCAGACACAGCAGAGAGGUCACCACAUAAUGCCCUUUAAAGCAGAGAAUCCUGUUGGCUUCUAGUGACAAAGUUGCAAGUUCUUUGAACAAAUUAAAUUGAAAAUAGUAGAACAAAUUGCUGCUGACCACUAACAUCACUAUUGUGCAGGCAUGUGAUAAAGAAAGACAUUCAUUAUAAAUAUGUACAAAGUGUUGUCAUUUGGACAAGACCAUGAUGAGAAAUUGACCAUAAUUGAGAUAACAAUCGCUGAAUCUGUCUUGGAAGUGACAGAAAUCAAGCAUUGGGUGCAAUAAUACAUGCAACAUCACGACUUACUCCUUAAUGCAAGGAUGGCUCGUCCGUGAAGUCAGUAAGUUGACUUGUGGAACCUUUUGUCUUCACAAAUAUAGUAUGUUGUUUUAUUUCAUAAGGAGUUCCAUAACUCUUGUGUGAAAAAUUGAAUGUUGUAGCUAAUUAGUAUAUAGUGCCUUUGGAGGAGGGGAAAAAUCUUUCUGUCCCACAGCAGCUCCCAAGUUACUGGAGCUAUGAAACACAAUCCUAGAGAAACUUGCUGAACAUAAAAGACAUAUAUAGUAUAGAAGGCCAUAGUAUAUUUGUUAUAUGAUCCAAGUCUGUAGCGAAACAUGCCAUUUGAUGCCAAUGAUCACUGUAUAGUAGUGGCUCUCAAGGCCUGUGCUGGGGGACUCCUACAGCAGCGUUUUUCCUGCUCUUCAAUCACACCUGAUUCUACUCAUCAGCUAAUUAUCAAGCCCUUCACAAGCUCAAUCAGGUGUGGUAAAGCAGCAAGAAGACAAAGUUGCAUUGUCAAGAGGUCCCACAAGACUGGUGCUGAGAAGUACUUCUGUACAGAACGUCCAUGUAAAUUUAAUCCCUUUUGUCAGCCAACGUAAUAUGAUAGAACAGAUGUGCCCAUGUAACUUUUUUGUGCAAUUGCAAAGUGCUUUAGUUCACUUGCUGCUAUAAUGUCUCGUAGCUGCUCCACUGACUUAGUUCCUGAGUUGUUUUAGGGCUGGUAUUGGAAUAAAUGUUGUGUAUCGUGAGAGUUAGCUGGCUAACUCUUUGUGUAUUGAAAACACUCAAAAGUUUUGAAAAAUCUGGAUUGAAAAAGCAAUCAGAUCAGUGCUCCUCAAUUUCCGAGUACAAUUCAGCCCAUUUAUUCUCACGCUACUGUUCAAAAGAUUGGAAUCAAUGUCUUUUAAACAUCUACGAUCAAAUGCAUAAGUUUGCACCCUUGGUCAUUCAAAAUGUUUUGUUGAAGUGAAAAUAAGUUAAAACAUCCUCUAUAGAGAUCAUGCUUUAAUUUUAAUGCACAAUUAAUGCACAAUUACUUUUUAUUUGCUGAACCUAAAAGAA